AUGGAGGUCCCAUGGGUUUCGGAUACUCAGCAAUCAGCAUUAAGAGGCAACGUGAUCACAUUUCCACAAGAUGUACAAGCCUCUGUAAAACGUCUUCCACUAUCAUUAGACAAGUUAGCAAGCACAAUAAAAAUUGUUUUCGUUGGAGCACAAGCCUUACCACCAGAUCUUAUAAGUCUUCGAGAUGUUCUUACAGUUCGAAAACAAAAAAUUAUCGAUGCAUUGCAGUGGCUAAAGAGAUACAAUCUGUUAUAUAGGGACAUCGAAAUCGAUAUGGCCAGUUUAAACAAACUUCCAAUAAACGAUAUACCUGAUGUUCUGCUAAAAACUAUGCACAUAGAAACAAAUGCUAAGCCAGCCGAUGAAGCAAGGACAGGUUAUGUCAUAGAAACGAUAGAUGACCCUGAUCUUGAAGAGGAUAAUCAAGUUCAAAAUAACACUAUUAUACCAGUUCAAACGAGUGGUGUAUUAGAUGUUAAUGGAUCUAGUGUUCGUUCAGGAGACAUCCAUUGUCAUCUUUUACAGAAGCUUAAAGUUGAUUCGGCACAAACAAUAGAUUCAGCAAAUGAAAUAGAAAGUGGGGAUGAACCAGAAGCACAACAUAACACACGCGCAACAAAAGAAAAUGAAAACAAAAACAUUUUCCAGAUUCCACGAUCUGAUAGACCAAGCAAUGAGUAUUCUAACCCAGACUUGCUUAUAAGCCUAUUUCCAACAUUAUUUCCCUAUGGUGUAGGAGGCUUGAAAGAUACUUCGAGAAAGACAAAAGUAGGGCUGUCGGAGUUCCGUUAA